ACAGAUAAAUCUUCAAGAAACGCCGAGAGGAUAGCGACGUUGGAAUCUUUGUUACGCAAGUCGCUAUCGUACUCUUACGUAGCUGUCAAGUUGCACUCGCUGUCACCAACACCAGCGACCGCUGGAUGGGGCCUCGAGAUGUUCUACGCUCAGCUGAUCACUCCCGAUUCCCCCGGAAGUGUAGACUCAAAG